AGUAUGUGAUACUGGCAGGGGCAAACUGACAACUCAUGGGGCCCCCGUCAAUAGGGGAUCAUGGGGCCUCUGUGUCCUCGCCCACACUCAAAGCACCCCCAAAAAAGCCUAUGAAAGGUACCAGGGGCAUCUCAUGGGGCCCCCUACUGACCCCGGGCUCUCAGGCAGUGCCCAAGUUUUCAAAUGGUCAGUCCGCCCCUGGUGGGAACACAUUUAGGUGAUUGCAGUAGCUUAUCAUUAAUUUGUGGCAGCGCAUGAGUAUUGUAUCCUUAUAUAUGUGAACCCUCACCUUGUAAAACAACCCAUUCGGUUUAAAAUAGAAAAUGCAAGGCACAACA